AUGGCUCCCCGCCAAUCCACGCGGAGGAAAGCGGCUCCUGCAGUCACGGAACCAAAAGUCGAGAUCAAGGACGAGAUCGAACAGGAGACCAAGGUUGCCGUCGCGCAGACAAACGGGCGGAAACCGCGCAUAACCUCUGCAGUCGUGGUUAAGAAAGAGACCAAAGUACAAGUGAAACGGAAAGCAGUCGAGGACGACGAGGACGAAGCCGAGCUUUCUGACCACUGCAAGAAAGAAAAGGCAAAGGAAAAGGAGGAAAAGGUCAAGGUUCAAGACAUACCUGAGGCAAAGCCCGCCGCAAAGCGACAGAAGACGGUCAAGGGAAAAGAGGAGGACAUAAUGCCGCUAGCGGAGCGAACUGUGGUGUCGACGUUGAAGAGGGCAAUGUACAUUGGUGCCCACGUCAGCGCUGCAGGUGGCGUUCAAAACUCGGUCGAAAAUGCACUCCAAAUAGGCGCCAAUGCCUUUGCCCUCUUCCUCAAAUCCCAGCGCAAAUGGACAAAUCCACCGUUAGCGCCCGAGGCGCGGGAUCAAUUCCACUCCUCAUGCACAAAGCACUCUUACGACGCCGCCAAGCACUGCUUACCCCACGGCUCGUACCUUGUCAACCUAGCACAGUCCGACAAGGAAAAGGCGGACCAGGCGUACGGCAACUUUGUAGACGAUCUUAAGCGGUGUGAUGAGCUGGGGAUCAAGCUGUACAACUUCCAUCCGGGCUCGGCACUAAAGGACACCAAGGCGGCCGCGAUCGGUCGCAUUGCCGCGCAGUUGAACCGAUCGCACAAGGAAACCAAGAGCGUCAUCACGGUGGUGGAGAACAUGGCCGGGAGCGGCAACAUAGUGGGUUCCACGUUUGAGGACCUGCGGGACAUUAUCGAGCUAGUGGAGGACAAGUCGCGCGUCGGCGUGUGCAUAGACACGUGCCAUGCCUUUGCCGCCGGGUACGACCUGCGCAGCCCCGGGGCGUUCAAGCAGACGUUUGACGAAUUCGAUCGCAUUGUUGGCAACAAGUAUCUGAAGGCGCUCCACCUCAACGACAGCAAGGCGCCACUUGGGUCCAACCGGGACCUUCACGCAAACAUCGGCACGGGCUUUUUGGGACUGCGCGCCUUUCACUCGGUCGUGAACCACGCUGCCUUCCAGGAGCUGCCCAUGGUCCUCGAGACGCCGAUCGACAGGAAGGACGCCAGCGGGAAGACCAUGGAGGACAGGAAGAUCUGGGCGGACGAGAUCAAGCUGCUCGAGAGCCUGAUCGAGAUGGAUGCCGACAGCGAUGAGUUUCAGAAGCUGGCCGAGAAGCUGCAGAAAAGUGGCGCCGCCGAGAGGAAGAGGGUGCAGGAGCAGGUUGACAAGAAGGCGGAGAAGGACGCGAAAAAGGCGGCGCCCAAGGGGAAAGCUGCAAAGAGGGGAAGGAAGAAAAAGGCAGAAACGGAUGACGAAGAUAGUGAUUGA